AUGGGCUUUAUCAGGGGAUUCAGUGGCGGAGCGGCCAUGACUCUCGGCAUGGCCUACUGGACUGUCCGCACUCAUCAUCGCCAUCGCUACGCCCAAUCGAGCGCUCUCAAAAUUCAGGCAGAACAGCUCGCAGCAACGGAAAUCGCAGUCAUUACUCCCACGCGUGCUGAACCAGCCCCGAAACGACAAUUCAGCAUCAUGGAGAUGCUCAAAGCGCGCUGGAAUGCCGAAAUCAUUGCAGGUGUCGAUUGGCUACAUCGAACGGACUGGAACUCGCUUGUCUGGAAACUCUGGGCACUUGGAUCGAGAAGUGAUCAACUGGGUCUGGACCAUGAUUCCAACAUUGCCGACUAUCCUCACACAGCAGAAUUACAUGAGCCGACCGAAGCUGGCACUGCUUUCCUGGCUCAAGCUGGUCAGCCCAGUGAGGCACCCGCUACGACAGAUGUAGCUGCCGCUCUUGAACAACGAUAUUAUAGGCCCCUUGGGUCAGAAAAGAGCAUUGCUGAAACAUUGAAAGAUCGCUACCAGCCUCGAUAA